GAGCAAGCAUUGCAUUCUUCAUUGCUAUCUCGUUCUUCAUUGUUGUCUUUCCCACAACACCGUUCUAGCUUCACUUGCUCCUCGUCUGUGUCUUCCCUCCUUCUGAUCUCCCUGCAACGUUUGAGCUUUUUGGGCCCAGUGCUUAGUCAACUCUCUCGCACCCUCCUCGAACUGCUGUUUGCUCUCCACUCAAACCCCUUCCUAUCCCAUCAUGCGCUCUCUCAACGUACCAGCUUGCGAUUCCGACGAGGAGGAAGUGGUCCCCCAAGUGGUGCUCCCUUCCAUUCAUGAGGACGAGCGCUCCAAGGACUGCCCCUCGCCCAUGGAACCGCCGAAGCGCUUUUCUCGCAACAGGCUGGGAAGUUUUGACUUAUCUGCGGCCAGCGAUCUCGCAGACAGCGAGCCUACUUCGUUCGCGGACCGCAAGCUUGCGAUGAGAAGGGGGAUGGCGAAGUGGAGCUCAGACAGCAAGGUUAUCAGCAUGCGAAGGUUCGCAACCGAGGACUUGCAUGAGGAACCUGUAGACAGGGAGGCCAUGCUGCAGGCUAGACGGUCUCAUAAUCAGCAAGUCGGGAUCGACAUUGCGCGAUCCGGAGAGGGCCGUCCACUCCCCGACAUGCUGUUACUCACCUGCGGCAAGAAUGAGUUUCGAACGACCAAGCUGGCGGAAGAAGCAAGCAAGUAGAUGCUGGUGGUUGAAGAAAGUUGCUUCCAGCUCUUGUAUCAAUGAUUUUCCUCAGUUUUCCUGAAUUUCUUUUUGUUUUAUUGUUUAUUCUGUUUUAAAAGCCCAGCGA